AUGGAAGCAAUCCUAGCCUCCACUACUGCAGACUUGUUGAUAGGCAAGAUAGUGUUGGCCACUGAGAACGAAGCAUCAUUGAUCAGAGGGCUUAGAGAUGACCUUGAUGAAAUCAAGGAGGAGUUUAUAGGCAUGAAAGCUUUUCUACAAGAUGCUGAUAAAAAAGGGGUCCUCACUAAAGCAGAGAGCACAUGGGUGGCUAGCAUCAGAGACCUAGCAAAUGAGGUUGAAGAUGUUAUAGAUGAGUUCAUGUAUCACAUGAACAAGCAACAUAAUGGGGACAAAUUCAGUAGGCUUCUUUACCAGACAAUUUGCCUUCCAAAGAAUCUAUGGGUGAAGCAUCGAAUCGCCACAAAGUUACAAAAGAUCAAGAGAAAGAUCAAAUUCACUUAUGAAAGAAGAAAACGUUUGGCUAUCGAACAAAUAGAAGGAACGAGCUCUAUUGAUGAUCAAAAAACAUUGUUUAACUAUGCAGAGUCAUCUUUCUUUAUCAAGGAGGACAAGUUGGUGGGGAUUGAGGAUGAUAAUAAACUUCUUGUCAAAUGGCUGACGGACGAAGAACAACAAUGCAGUACUGUUAUUUCAGUGGUAGGAAUGGGUGGUUCGGGUAAGACCACUCUAGUUUCCAAGGCCUUCAAUAGCCGAAUAGUAAAACGGCAUUUUGAUUGUCAGGCGUGGAUCACUGUCUCCCAAAAAUAUGUUGUUGAUGAUUUACUGAGAAGAAUGAUUGAGGAAUUCUACGGCGCUACCAAGGAAGCAGUUCCUACCAAUUUAAACACGAUGGGAUUCAGAGAGUUGGUCAGUACACUGCUGAGCUAUUUAGGGGCGAAAAAGUACUUAGUUGUCUUGGAUGAUGUAUGGAGCAGUAAACUCUGGGAGGAAAUCAAUGUCUCUCUUCCAGAUGAAGGAUUUGGAAAUCGACUCUUUACCGUGACGGCAUUCUCCAACAAUCCGGGUAGACGUUGUCCACAAGAGCUUGAAAUCUUGGCUAGGAACCUCGUCAACAAAUGUGAAGGACUACCUCUUGCUCUUGUGGCUUUGGGUAGUGCCAUGUCGUCGAAGAAACUGGAAUCAGAGUGGGAAAAGGUUAAUAAUAACUUGGAUUUCGAGUUGAGGAACAACCCCUCGCUGCAAAAGAUGAAGCUUAUCUUGUUACUGAGCUUCAAUGAACUGCCAUACAAAUUGAAGCAUUGUUUCUUAUAUUGUUGUUUAUUUCCAGAAGAUUUUGAGUUAAAAAGAAAGAGGCUUAUUAGACUUUGGAUGGCAGAAGGGUUUGUUGAAAAAGUGAAGGGAAUAACACCAGAAGAAGUGGCAGAGAGCUAUUUCAGGGAACUCAUUCACCGAAACAUGCUUCAAGUUGUGAAGAGGGAUGUAUCAGGAAGGCUAAAAAGAUGUAAGCUACAUGAUCUUUUAAGGGAAAUUGCUCUUUCAAUAGUGGCGGCCGAGAAUUUUGUUGCUUUGUAUGAUGAUCAAGAAGUAAGUGAAGAGAGUGGAGCACGUCGCUUAUCUAUCCAAACAAUAAAAGAGCAAAUAAAAUCAUUAAAGGGCAUGUCAAAGCUCCGUUCGCUUCUUGUGUUCAUUGACUAUAGGAGUUCUCCAUCUUUGGUAACAUUGCCACCUGGCUUACGAUUGUUAAGGGUAUUGGAUCUAGAACAUACACCAAUUGAGAAAUUGCCAGAUGAAUUAGUGGAUCUGUUCAAUUUGCAAUAUUUAAGCCUAAGGAGAACAAUGGUGAAGGAGCUUCCAAAAUCAAUUGGAUGGCUCUACAACCUACAAACACUUGACAUUCGCAGAUCAGGAAUAGAAGUGCUUCCAACUGGAAUAACAAAGUUGAAGAACUGGCGGCAUUUAUUUAUGUACCGUAUCUACCUUCACCUAGGUGAAACUUUUGAAUAUCUUUUUGGUAUUCCAACCCCGCUAAAUAUUUACAAGUUAGAGAACUUGCAAGUAAGAGAAGCAGAUGAGGAAGACUUGUGCACCGCAAUGCGAAAUAUGAAUGUGCUUCGUCGAUUAUUUGUGAUGGUGAAAGAUGAGGCAGAAACCUUGCGAAUGGAUGCGCUCACUGCAACUCCUCCCCUCCUUCAAUUUCUGCACUUAAUGGGGAAAUUAGAGAAGGUGCCACACUGGUUCCUCUCACUUCGAAGCCUCACGCAUUUGAUUUUGGAUUGGUCUAGACUGACAGAAGAUGUGCUUCCUUUCAUCAAAGCGCUGCCUUGGUUAGGAUUUCUUGCACUUGAUAAUCUCAACCAUUGA